AUGCGGACAACAGGCGAUUCCGUAACUGAGGCAGCUCCCGAAGGAGAACUCGAUGGGACUGCGUGGACACCAGGCACUGGAGUUGUUACAGGUUGCAGGCGUCGAGUCACUUCGGCGGUUACGGAGCUGACGAUCUCUUGGAGCUGUUGGGGCGUGAUAGCCGAGGCUGGAGCAAGAGGAGCAGCUGUUGCUGGCCGAGGAGAACUGGACGAAGGAACCGUCGUGGUUGUUCCUGAGGCACGGGGCGCUCGAGCGCGAUGGGAACGGCGUGCUGGUGGUACGGCUACCGAUACUGGUCGCUGAGCACGUUGAUUUCGAGUGGCGGCCAUGGUAAAAUUCCUGAAAAACACACUCAGAAACGUAGUGGGAGAAUACUAAAAGCUUAUGAAGUAUAAAAUCUAACAAGAUAAAAUAAAACUAAAUAUAUAGGCUGGGUCGAGCAUGGCACACAACGAAGUGGCCGCACCACUCGCCCAAUAAAACGCCACUAAGAAAUAAUGAGGACGUAGCCUCAGAUUAACACGUGUGAGGACGUAGCCAUCACAAAUAAGCGAGAAUAAAAUCUCACAAGGAUUAUAAAGUAUGGAGUACUUCUCCAAAUAAAACAUAUUCUGUGUGGACGUAGCCAACACCAGAAUCAAAGUGUGAGGGCGUAGCCUCGUGCAAGAAAAAAUCUAAAUAGAAUUAAACAGUAUCUGGUGACAUAAAAGUAUAAAAGACAUACAACCAAAGAUAACAGACUAACAACUAGGAAGGCUUGCUAAAGCUUUAAGAAUAGCACCGCAAUAACUGCGAUACAGCGUGUAUUGCGCUCUACGAUUGAAAUGAACACCGUCUGUUACGCGCUGUAAGAAUCCCUUAUGACUCCAGCAAAAAACGUUGGGAACACCUUCCAGAACGACCUCUAAAUAUUGGUUCAAAAUAAACGCCUGCCUGUUGAACUCCGGGGAAGCUGCCCGAUGUGUAAUUAGGCAAACCCCUACUAUCUGAACAUAAGGGAGCUGAAGUAAAAGAUGAACGAGGUCAUCGAUUUUGGAACCCACUACUUUGGGUUUGCUAUGGCUAAGGUCAUUAGUACCCACUUCCAGAAUUACAAUGGCAGGCCGAAAUGAACGAACUUUAUCUAAAUCGAACGCGAUCAACUUGUCUACUGUGCGUCCCCCAAUUCCAUGCAAUUUGACGGAGGCCCUUUUUAUAUUAAAACUAAUGGCCGCACGGACGUCGAAAUUAGAGCGGAAAUCGCGAUGGAGACGUUUGACAAACGAGUGUCCAAAAACAAGAACUUUUGGGCGUGACAAUUCCAUAAUACCGAAAUUAAAAGUAUCAAAAUAUAAGAAUAAUAUAAGAAUAAGAAUAAUUGAAAAUCUCACCUGUAUAAAGGUAAAAGAAAGAAGUCCAAAACGUCAAAGAAAAUUCGUAUGUCUUCACUCGAUCACGAGAAAGGUUGAAUUGAGAAGUGAAUAACUUUGCUUUGCUUUUAGUAGCUAAAAUUUGGCCGUGACUUAAUGUUUCUUACGUAGGUAAAAGCACCGGAAUUUCCUUCUCCGCCAAGUCCCACCUUAAUCUGCCACAAUCCAAUCUAACUAUUUCCUACUUUUAUCUUAUCACUAUAAUUCAGGCUUGACAUAAAAAACCAUAUUUCCGUAGGAAAUAUUUUUAUUUAUGUUACUUACGAACAUUUCCUGGUUUAGAUAUUGAUGAAUGCGCUAUGGGAAGCGACAAUUGUCAUGAUAAUGCGAAUUGUACAAAUAAAAACAGUUCCUACACGUGUCAAUGUAAGGAAGGUUUCACUGGAAAUGGCGUAGAUUGUGAAGGUAGGAGAGAAAACUGAUUUUUUUUUCAAUAUUCAUUCUGAAGAUGUACGAAAUAUGUACAUCUUUAAAACGUUUUAUAGAACUUCAGAUGAACCAUUUAAUUGCAGGGCCUUUAUCUUUGUCAGAUUUUUUCCUCUCCCUUUUCAAGUUUCAAACGGACUAUAUUUUAAUUUAACCUUCUUCAAUUUAGUGGAAACAUUAUUUUUAAGCAAAGGUAUUAGCACGUCGUUUUCCGGUCAUCGGAUCACGACAAAGCCUUUCUCAUAUAAAUGAGUUUUAGUGUGCAAUGUGAUUAUAUAUGCAUAUGAUUAUCCACUUCAUGCCGACGGUCUUCUGAAAGAAUAAUUUUCAUUCUAGGAUGUGCUGCUCUCUUGUUGUCAGAAUCACGUGAAGUUAAUAUACUUCUGCGUGGAUCUCCACAGUUGAAUUAUUCUGAGAAUCAAUUUAUUUUUAAACAUGUUCAACUGUAUAUAAAACUAACUAAACGUUUCUCUUAGUCUAAGUUAUAAGUUAUAAGUCAGUCUGAAACCCGUCUAUCUCUGCAAAAUUUAUUUUAUUCUUUUUUGUUGUGUGUUACAUCUGUUGGUUAAUAUUGUAUAGAGUGUGUAACAAAAAUCAUGUAAAUGUUGUAUGAGCCCCAUAGAUGAGCCUUUGUGCUCUUGGGAAAAUGCAAAAAAAAUCUAUUAAAAUAUGUUUAUAUAAAGAAAAGUGCUGCUCAAUGAAAUAUAAUAUCAAUGGUAAUAACGGUAUGGCCAGUUUCCCGAGUUGAAAUCAAUUUUCUUCAAAUAUUGAAACUUGUAGAAAAUAUGAUUAUUUUCACACGUGCAUGGCAAUCAGAUAAAUUUCGAUUGCCACCCCAUAAAAUACCCAACACGUUAUUUUGUACACUGUGCAUGCAUAAUUAGCAGCUUAGAAUCUGUUACCAAAAGUUCCAAUAUUUUACUGUACUUUGCAAAACAUUCAUCGACAUCCUUUUCCCUCCAUUUUCUGUUGUUUUUCUAACUGCAUGCCUGGGUCAGAGUAAUGGUAUAACUCGCAUGCUAUUUUCACAUUUGAGAAUUUAAUUGAUAUUCCAUGGAGUGGCUAACGAAGUUAAAAUGGCCGAUAAGGGUGAAAAAUAUCCAAGAAAUUGGUUACUCGUUUUUUAUUUUUUUUAUUACGACCUCCCUCUCGAAAAAUCCGGCGAUAGAGCACUAUUGAUAUUGUCUCUAAUGAUUUAUGAAAUAUAUGUUAUAUUAAUUUUAGAUAUUGACGAAUGCGCUGCUGGAUCUCAUAAUUGCCAUGCUGAUGCGAACUGUACUAAUACAACUGCCUCUUUUACCUGUGUGUGUCUUGAAGGUUUCAGCGGCGAUGGCGUAAAUUGCCAAAGUAUGAGAAAUAUCUUUUUUAACUAUAAUCUUUCUAUGAAAUGGAAUUUUAGUGCAUGUAUACCUUUCGCUGUAGAGCGCUUUUAAUCAGACUAAACUUUUUCAGUAUUUCUUUAUUACAUCGGUAAAGAAUGAUUGACUGGGGGAAUAGGUAUGAAGAUGUUUUAUCCAUCAUGCAGAGACUACUUCUUACUUUGAAUUGCUGUAA